UACCUGCCUCAGGGGUGUUCCUGACACUGGCGCAUCAACUCCUCCAAGAGGCCGCGCAGGGGCAUGCCAGGGGCGCAACCUCCGUUGCCUGCUUGCCUGACAACGUCGAAGCUAUGCGGUUAACUCCAGACACCCCUGAGGCACACAUGUACCAGACACAGGGUGUGCAGGAGGCAUCACCGGGUGUGUUCCAGUUCGAGUUCCAGCCCCUUGGCAGGCCAUUUGUCCCUCCUGCGAAUAUUAUUUAGCGAUGGUGAUGGCCCCAUCGGAGGCUUCUAGUGUCGGAAGCGGCCAUGCCAUUGGCUUGCCCCAGGUACUAGCGGGGCUGAACUACCACUGUUGCUCCAGCGAAUGGUACAUUGGUUGGGGCUUAAGCUGCGCACGCACGUCGUAUAUUACUAUUGUUCCAUACUCUAAGCUGCACACUGCGCAGUGUCUGACGAUGUCUGGCAUUUUGUGCGUGCCACGAUUAUCAGACAAUACUGCUGCCAGAGGAGACAUUAAAUGGCCAGACAUCAGAGGUAGAGUCUCCGGUGCUACACAAUUCACCAAUGAUGGACCAUACUCACCAGUGAACGGCAGAAUCGCCAGUGAAAAGCACACAAUCGAAGUUUCCCAGGGUACUGUAGUAUGGAUGUUGAGGGACCUCGGACUGGACUAACCUGCAAACCACCCGUGGAGUGUCAGGGUCUAAACUG